GCAUUUACGAUGGCUGCAACAAGACAGCUCCCAACAUCAAUCAUGCCGUGGUACUGGACGGAUAUGGGAUCGAGAAUGGGACGAAGUACUGGCUGAUCAGGAACUCGUGGGGAGACACCUUUGGCGAACACGGUUACAUACGAUUGCGCCGAUAUGACAAUGAGCCCUGUGGUGACGAUCCAAACCCACUCGAAGGCUUUGGAUGCAAGGCUGGUGGACCAGAAAAAAUCAGGGCCUGUGGUGAAUGUGGGGUGCUAUCAGACUCGUCAUACCCGUUGGGCGCAAGCCUCGGGCCGAAGAAGGCCUCGUCUCAAGGACAUGGAGAUUCUCGGCGGCUGAGCCCAAAAGAGGAUCUUGCAUCGCCUGUAAGCCGCUACGUGUGA